AUGCCCGAAUUCCAGAAAAGCAACGUUCACAUCAAGAACCCGGCCAAGGUGGAAGAAAUCCUCUGUGGCCUGAUUAAAGGAGGAGCGGCCAAGCUGCAGAUCAUCACAGACUUUGACAUGACGUUAAGCAGAUUUUCCUACAAUGGAAAAAGAUGCCCGACGUGCCACAACGUCAUCGACAACUGUAAGCUGGUGACGGACGAAUGUCGAAAGAAGCUGUCACAGCUGAAGGAGAGGUACUACGCCAUCGAGAUCGACCCGCAUCUGACCAUGGAGGAGAAGUACCCGUACAUGGUCGAAUGGUACACGAAGUCGCACAGUUUGCUGGUGGAGCAGGCGCUGCCGAAGAACAAACUUCAGGAAAUCGUGGAAGAAUCCGACGUGAUGCUCAAGUAA